GAUCAGUACUGACCCCCUGGUUCAGCCUAAGAGAGCGAUCAGUACUGACCCCUUGGCUCAGCCUAACAGAGCUCUCAGUACUGACCCUUUCGUCCAUGAGGAAACAUGGAUGUGUCCAAAAUACGAUGGAGCUCCACAGAAUACUAUUUGAAAGAGUUUGUCAACAAAUUCCAGGAUUCCUUUCCUAAAAUUGUCAAGGUGACAGAGGGCUUCCUGGGGAGACAAGAAUUGGACAGCAUCAGUUCCAGCACACUGCUGCGAGUGCACGCUCUGUACUCACAGGAAAGAGCCCUGGUGGAGAGCAAAUCUGGGAAAGUCCUGUCUCUGCCUACCAAGCUGACCUCUAUGACCUUCUUCAUCACCAACCACAGUGGUGCCAGAGAGGGGCCAUUCACCCUGCUAGAGAUCCUGGAAGCCUUUACCCUGCCAGUCAAGAUCCAGCCCACAACUGCCCUCACCUUCAAGGAGUCGAGCAGCCCCCACAGUCCGGGGCAGAAUCUGGACUCUCUCACCUUCACACAGUCCUACCAGGAGUCCUUCCUGCUGGGCCACUGCCUCGACAACAAAGGGACCCUGCUUGAACGAGAGCCGCUGGUGCUUCCCAUGUACAUGAAAGAGGUGCGACUGGCCCUGUCUGAGGGAUUGGAGGGAGAGAAUGAGGAGCAGUGGGAAGCAAUCUGCAACGCUUACAAUGAGAGGAUCAGCGAGCUGGGACACAUGGAUCACUUCAUCUUCCAAGGUAUUACUCUGCUUGAUAAUAAGGAGUUGAUCGCUCCUCAGAAGCUGUAUGCAGAGAUUGAGCCCACUUACAUGGACUUGAAAAAGCAGGGCGAUGCCUUUAAUCUCUACUGUUCGCUGGGUAAGCCAGUCUCUCCUCCCCAAGUCCCUGCCAAGCCCCAAGCCCUCCCCAAACCCACCAGCCCCCUCCAGGAACCUGAGCCCAGCACCUACCGCAGUCUGGCGGAGGUGCCUCAGGAUCUUCACUCACUCAGCAUAAGGGAGGUGUGUGACUGCCUCCUGCUGUUGAACCUGGGGAGCUACACGCAAGCCUUUCGUCAGGAGCAGAUAGAUGGUGACUUGCUGUAUGAGCUUGACCACAUACACAUGAGGAACACUCUGGGUAUGAGCAGCCUGCACAUCACCAAACUGCUUCGCUUCAGACAGGGCUGGAGGCCCCGGGAGGGGCCAGAUGCAGAGGUUUAAAUGGUUCACAUCUGCAAUUGAAGCAUAUCUUUGAUUUUUUUUAGUUAGUGUGGAAAUGAAAUCACUUGCAUGUUCAUUUAGACACCCACUGGUAAGUGUCUAGCGCCGUGUAUUAGAAGUGAUCUUUCACUGUGAUCUUUAUGGGUGUUGCAGAUAAUGUUUUAUUUCCAUCUGCCUCUUCCAUCUGUAGAGUGGAGUUAUCUUUCUUGGACAGUGUUGAAAGGGUGUUGUUUCACAGCAAAUCAUUGUUACGCACAUAAAUUGAGCACAUUCUGAUUUUCAGGCUUUUACAUAGAGUAGGCAGAUUUGUUCUCAUUAUAUGUAGAUUUUUUUUUAAAUAAGAGAUUUCAUUAAGAUUUUUUUUUUCUACUUGAUUCCAGGUGUUCUAUACUUAGAUUUACUUCUAAUGUUUUUCAAAGGGCAUAUAUUAACAUAAACUUAAACUGGGAACGUGUGGUCACUAAAUCCAUCUGGGUUAUAAAUCCAGCUUCCUCAUUUAAUCUUUCUUUAAGAUUUCUUCAAAUCUCUGUGAAACCUACGAUAAUGCUGUUAUGUUUUUAUAAAGAUGUUUGUCACACUCGCAAACAGCUUUGAUGGCUUUAAUUGGCUUGUGGUGAGUAAAGCUCGUUCCUGUCAUGACCUGGGGCUGUCACCCUACUUAUGCUCAGCCUUCAAAAGAAUUUGGGGUGGGCCAAGCAGGCGCCCUUCUCCAGAUAAUCCUCUUUCUUCAGCCAAAGAGAUUGGAAUCCCUUUAGGGAGGUCAGGAUGGAGCCCCCAACCCAAGGUGAGAUCUUCCUGUGGGGGGCAGCGAGCACCUUGACCUUGCUGUUGGCUGGGUUGGAGGCGCUCAGGGAAGCCGGGCAGCUUGGAGGUGCCCCCGCAUACUAGCACCCUUGACAGCCCUUGACUGAGUUCAUGCCCGGGCUCUCAUAGCCGAGGAUGCUGGGAGUGAACAUGGUCUUCGGAGCAUGGAAUCGCUCUCUGCCGAGAGUGAUCGCCUGACUGUCAGGGAGGCGGUAGUCCAGCGUGAAGUUGAGGACUUCAGCCAAGAGUUCCUUUCUGUAGUCCAGUGCGACAUAGCAACACCUGACAACGCACACACAUAAGAGCAGAAGAGCAGGAGACCCUUUAGAAAUAAGGCAAUGUUUGCAUGCUACCCUGAUAUGACAGCAGCAGCUCUUUUAAUUUGUUUGUGUUGAACCCAUAGCGAACCCAUUGAACCCAUUGUCCCAUAGCGAAAUGGCUGAAUAAUGCAUAAUGAAGCUGUGAGCUAUUUGAGGGGAAGUUCUGUUAGUGCCUGUUGGCAAAUUCCGUACAACUUUAUAAACAAGUUAAAAAAAAUAAAAAGGGAGGGGGGACGGACAGGGGGACUGGGUGGCAAUCAACCUCUUGUAAGACAGUGUUUAUACGUUUCUUUAGUUUGUUUUUCUGUUUUAAUCUGAUCUAUUUUCACUGUCUUUUGUUGUUUUUAUUUGAUUUGAUAAUGCUGCUGUCCGCCCACAAGACUUGCUUACAUAGGACAGAACUCUCCAGGAUGAAAUAAUACAUGAAAUAAAUAAAAUGCUUGUUUGGGUAUCAACUGUGGAGUCAUUUGUUUAAAUUAUCCAAAUAUUUUUCUUUUUAGAAAAAAAUAAACAAUUAAAAAAAUUAGCUGUA